AUGGCGUCCGCCUUCCAGAAGAACCAAUUCACCAUCCUGGUGCUCAUUGCUCAGGUCGUCUUUAUGAUUCUAUAUGGACUGUUUGGAAAGUACGCUGUAAAUGCUAUGCCUGGCGGAUCAGAGAGCACUAGCGCUAUGGCUAUUCAGUACCCAAUGUUCCAAGACACUCAUGUGAUGAUCUUCAUUGGUUUCGGUUUUUUGAUGACAUUUUUGAGGCGCUACGGAUUCUCAGCCGUGUCAGUGAACUUGCUUCUCGCUUGUUUCACCAUUGAAUGGAGCAUUAUCGUUCGUGGUUUGCUGAGUCACGAGUUUGCUCAGGAUGGAAAAUUCACUAUUGGAUUAGAGCAGUAA